CUCCGUCGGCACAGAAAGGGAGAAAGUUCAGAGCAGAGGGAAGCUGUGGACAUUCACAAGAUGGUGAAGAUGCAGUGGAGUCUGUUGGUGUUGAUUGUGAUGGGUCAGUGUUCCUCCAUUGGGGGUCAGCUGUAUGACUACCACUUCAUUGGAGACAAGAAGACCUGGAAAGAAGCCCAGGAGUAUUGCAGAAAGAACCACACUGACCUGGCCACAGUGUCUAACCAGACAGACAUGCAGAGACUCCUUGAAUCCACAACUGAACAGUAUCAAGGUGGAGCCUGGAUUGGGCUGCAAGACAAAACAACAAACACUGUGUGUCGCUGGCGCUGGUCUCAGUCAGGGGUGGAGUUCAACGUGACUGAGAGUAAAUGGUCUCAAGGACAGCCGGAUAAUUUAGGCAAUCAGGAGAACUGUGUGAGGAUGAAUGAUGGCACAUGGCAAGACGACUCUUGUUCUACAAAAUAUAACUUUAUCUGCUAUGAAGUGACGGCGCCCUCUAGUGGCCGUAGUAGUUCUGACUACCAGAGAAGGUAUCGGUCACGGUUUUAA